AUGGCCGGCAGGAGACCACCGGCUCGGUACCUUUGGCUCGCGUGGCCCCGCGGAAGUUUAGGCGAUCCGGGUGCGAAAAUUGCGAGGGCCCAAAGGCUGCAGGUGGCACAGGCGUUCGACAUGAGCAGAUGGGUCUGCCUCAGGGUGCCUAUUUUCGAGAUUGAAAGGAUCCUCUUCACGUGCAAGGUCUGUGAGACUCGGAACUCCCACAUGAUCUCUAGGCUGGCCUACCAGCAAGGCAUCGUCAUAGCCACCUGCCCUGGCUGCGGGAACCGGCACCUGCUGGCCGACAAGACGGGCCUUCUAGAUGUGGGCAUUUGGGAUGUGGAGAUGCUGGCUCAAAGAGGUGAGAACGUGACGCGCCUGACCACCGAUGGCUAUACGCAGGUCGAUGGUGAGCUGAACCGCACCUCCAACUCUCCAGGCGCGUCGCCUUUGCUGGUCCGCAACAAGGAUGGCCUGCUGGAAGCCUUGCCAGAGGAGAAUCUCGGAGUCAGUCGAGCGGUCGACUUUAUGGCGGACACGGCGGAUGAGGCCAUGUCCUGA